GUUUUUAUUCUAUCGAUCGGCUCAAAAUCUAGGAAAAAUGGCUGCGCGCAACAAAGCUCUCUGCUGUUUGGUCGUUGUGCUGUUAGGACUAGGAAUUUACGAUGUUCUUACAAAUUUUGAGAGCAACAGAUGUGCCAUGUCGUUUAUGUGGGAAAUACCAGAAUAUAUUGAUGUUCAUAAUAUGAAUGAGACUCUACAGAAGAAGUACCCCCACUAUUCAUUGACUGUGUAUGGAGAAGGAAGAUAUGCAAAGGAUCUAAAGAAAAUGAAAUUGACUGGCAUUCCUGUCUUAUUCAUUCCUGGGAAUGCUGGAAGUCACAAACAAGUUCGUUCACUUAGCUCCAUUGCACUGAGGAAGGCCAACAAAUACAACUUCCAUUUUAACUACUUCAGCGUAGAUUUGAAUGAAGAACUCAAUGCGGUCUAUGGUGGCGUGCUAGAGGGGCAAACAGAGUUUGUCCAUGGCUGUGUGAAGCACAUCCUAGAACUAUACAGAAACAACAAGAACAACAAAAAUCCUCCCAAACAGAUAGUUAUCAUCGGCCACUCUAAGGGAGGGUUGAUAGCUAAGGCUCUCUUUGCCUUGCCUGACUUUGAUGCUAGCACCGUUAACACUCUCAUCACCAUGGGAACGCCACACAUGAAUGCUGUCAUGAAACCUGAUAUUUACAUGGAUCAGUUUACUGCAAAUGUCAACCAGUUUUGGUCAGAAAAUUGGAACUCUGCUAUUUUGAGGGAUCUGACUGUACUGUCCAUCGGAGGUAGUUACCGUGACAACAUGGUACGGUCUGGACUGGUUUCUAUGAAUGGGAUGGUGUCACCUGAUAGAGGUCUCAGUGUUGUGGUUGGUUCUAUACCUAGAGUUUGGCUCUCAACUGAUCACAGAUGUAUAGUGUGGUGUAAGGAGUUGGUACUUGCAACAAACAGAGCCCUCUUUGACAUGGUUGACAAGCUAACAAAGCAGAUGUCGGUAAAUCCUGACUAUCGGAUGAAGGUCCUCAAUCAUCAUUUUGUCUCUCAUGACGGCCAAUCUAGUUACACUCCUAAUAGUGAAGAUGUAGUAGGAUUUGCAGAUGAUAACUUCAAAGCGAUACCCUCGGGUUUCCACCACGUUGCUGGACGUCACGUCGAGAAGGCUGUCCACUACACGUUCCCCAUCAAUCCCGAUGACCCGAACCACGACCUCUUCACUAUCACAGCAACCGUACCCUCCACCAGCCCCUGGCUCUAUGCCUGCAUACGAUCCCACGAGGAUCGAUGUAUAGAGGGCGUCGACAUCACCAGGAGGGCGCGGCUUAUGCCCCCGCUCAAGUCGGACAUGAAAGUGGCCCACCUGGACCUGAAGAAUCUAGGGAUUGAUAACUUGAAGCAGAUUGUCGUCAAGAUCCCGAGAACAAAUAAGGUCAAUGUAAUAGCAGAUUUGCAUGGAAGAGCAGGGAGAAUUUUCAAUGCAACUCUACCAGGUUUCUUCUCAUAUAAGCCAAAGACAGUGAUGAAGCAGCACGAUUCACAUACUCUAUUCUUCAACAUCUCCUUGCCUGACCUAGACUCAGUAUGGAAGGCAUACACUGCUGUACUAGAGCCUGCCCAUUGCACUGAUCCUGUCAGAAAAGAUGGAAACACCACACUCCAUCUCCAUGUCCCCUGGUUUCAAGAAGAUGAAUGGUCUGUUGCCAAGGCAACGGAGAACAAUGUGAUGUCUCUUAAACUGCAGAGUGGCCGACCAGCAGAUGACGAUCGCCCCGUUCAACUUCAUGCAUAUGUUUACUCUAGAUGCCACUAUAGGUUGAGGAUUGCCGUCUCACACACUGAGAUACUUGGUCAGUUGAUGCGUUUCCAUGGUGCCCUGCUGCCCAGCUUUGUGGUGGAUGUAGCUCUCCUGACUGUCUCAUUUAUUUUGAGCAACCUUGCAACAAAGAAACCUGUUGAGUCUUUCAUUACAACACAGUCCACACAUUGCAAGCCAUACAUUGUUGUUCCAUUUGUUUCCAUUUUGAGAAAAAUCAUUCCACAUGUAUACACUCCUCUCGCAGAGGCUGAUAAUUUUAAAAUAUUGGAUGACCAGGGUAUAAACUUUGCAGUACUACCGAUCUUAUUCUUUAUCUUUGGUUAUGUGAUCUUGACCAUCAUAACUGCACUGAUGGAGCUGGAUGUUCUUUUCUUUGGAAAACUUCUCUCUCUCUUCAAAGGAACCAGUAUCAAUGUAGACAGCGCCCCUUAUACCGGUAGCCUUGGGUACUCUCUGUUCCUCUAUGCAAUCUUAGGGGGUCUCAUGGCUGUCUGUGUAGGCUCCUGUGGGGCUGUGGUUCUUGUGCUUUUGGUUGUGCUGUAUUUACUCAAGGUCAUCGCACUCCAGGCGAGGGUGAAUGUCUUGAAAGGAUGCCUCAAUCUGGUAUGUACUCAUUACCUAUUUGGAAGAUAA